GAGCUGUCGUUUUCAUGAGUCAUAGGGGAAUACCCUGGAACUGAAAAGCGCCUACGUACCACGAAAGGGAUUUUUAUCGUGUCAGUGUGUUGUGUACGUUGUCUGGGGGGAAAUCGGCGGUUGGGCCAACAACUCACAGCAGGUCACAGCGGCACAGCUACUGACCACACUCUGACGUAGUAGUGACGUCACGGGCAGAACAUGGUUGGCUUCAUGGAUCCGUACAAAGAUGUUGUCAACAAACACGAGCCUCUGCUGUGUGAGACGAUCGUGCCCGAGGAAAUGCUACCUUACCUCAAAGAAGUUCUUACACAACGAGCUGUGGAAACGAUCACAUGCGAGCAGAGGAACUACGGCGCCAGCACAGCGGUAAGUAAGCUGUUGUGGGAGCUGAAGAGGAAGAAAGACUGGUUUCCUGCCCUCAUCCGGGCACUUCUAGCUCUCGGACACGACGAUGUAGCCGAUAAACUGGACCCCUAUCACAAAGUUCCCAGGCCGACGUCUGGAGCAGCUGCAGGGCCGACCGGACAGAACUCACCGUCUGGGACGGCGGCAGGACAACAAGUCCCGCAGGGCCCCGGUCCAUCACGACAGGGACGCACGGCUGGUCAACCCCCAGCAGACCCCCAGGUCGAACCCUUCUCUGUGGUGGCCCAGGACACCCAGCCCCACCAGCGGCCUGACCACGGACAGGUAGCCGUGGUGUUGGAGGAAGAGGGCGGAGAAAAGAAAGAUGGCGGUGACGAUAGACAUGAUAAGGAUGAAGAAAUGCCUUCAAUGGAAGGUUGCAGCAUCAAUAGUACGGAGUUCGUCAGAAGAAGGAUGGAGGACGACCACAGGGCGCCAGGACGCACGUAUGCAGAUGGAGAUGUGGAGGAAAACCCGACGGAGGGUGCCGAACACGGCGCGAUAGAAGAGCAGCCGACUGCCUUCUUCGAGGAAGCGGAGGAUGAUCACCUGGACGGGUCGCCUCAACAUGUACAGCCGGGAGCGCUGAUAAGGGAACUCGAGGAAGAAAACAUGCAGAAGAUCAGGAUAAAGGAUGCGCUCCUCGAGGAGGUGAAGUCUGAGGCUCAGGAUGAAGCUGACAGGGGGCGCUCAGGCACACCCAUCCCAUACCUAAUGCAGAAAGAGCACGAUGCCAGAGGAGCAGAGGGCAAUCGCUCAGACGGGGAGAAAGAUGAAGGAGGAAGUUCCGGCUCGAGUUUCGAACUCCCACCUGGCUUUGAAGACUCCAUGGAAGAGCAUUGGAACCUCGGCGGAGAUGAAUUAGCACCUCCGAACAACGAGCUAACCUCCCCUCCCCACAGAGCCGAAUCCGAAUCACUCCAAAAGAUCGACAACAUCACAAGAGCGGAGAAGCAAGGGAAAUCUGAGAAAGAACCUCCAGGCCUAGGACCGACAAAUGUGGCCUUCAUAUCAGGAGCUGGAAAGCGUACGUCUGCGGUGACCGUUUGUGACGGAAGGGAAAACGAGCUAGCCACGGAGCCCAAAGACGUGGUGCAGCCGACUGACAACGGCGACGGCGUCCACGACGACGGUAUGAACGACUACGUCUCGAAAGCACCUCUCGCGACUAUAAGCGGUACUAUAACAUCAACUGCUCCGAAAGAUACCAAAGAUGCCGCCAGCCCCACAGAUCCAAAAUCCACAGAUUUCCCAACGCAUUCCAAAGCGCCUACUCCAAACAAACCAAAAGCGCGGGAACCUGCUUCAAAACCCAGCCAGGACAACAAAACCCGACCAACAGACACCUGUCCGCGCAAACCACCUGUUACGAAGCGCCCCCAUACCGUUCCCGAGCGUACUGCAGACGAAAACAACGGCCAGAACGCCAACAGAGAUACCGAGCAAAAACCCUCAAUGCAGAAGGACGCAGACGGUGGAGGAGUGGGCAGUUGGUCUGGGUGGCGCGUGGCUGGAGGUGUAGCGGUAGCUGCUGCUGGAGGUCUAGCGGUAGCCGGCAUAAUCAGGAUGCGAUUCAUGUAGAUAGAUGAACUUCUUACGUGCAUCUGACAUCAAAGGGGCACUGGGAAGUUAUUGAUUCAUAAUCGGAGGCUUAUACAAUAAAGUUGUGUUUUAAGAAUAGUUUGUGGGACAUUUUGAUACAUAUGUGGUUUGGAGCUUUGAAUCUGAUUGAACUGUCCUACACAUGAAACCUUUAAUGUACAUAUUUUU